CAGACAGUCCACCCUUGCAUUAUUAUUUGCAGGAAAUCCUCUUCACGCGUUCGUCGGUUUCUUCUUUCUUUGUCUGAAAAUUCACGGGAAUUUUGAAAAGCCGAAUACAGAGCCGAUGAGUUAGGAUUACCGUCUUAUUGGUUCAACGCUCGUCUCUCAAUAUCUCUCAUCUUGUUUGUUGAAAAGAAAAGGCUGGAGUAGCUCAGUCAUGGCUUCUGAUGUGUCAGUUAAAGCUGACGACAGCAUAGACGGCGUAGAUGAAGCAAGAUUCCACGAAUUUGAAGAAAUUAGGGCUUCAGAUCGAUCUGAUAGCAAUGCAUGGUCGAGUUCUUUCCACGCCAGGUCACAUUCAACAACUCCAAGGAGCAGACCAAGCUCCCCGAGAAGUCCAGCUGACUCUCGUGAUUCUGGUUUCGGGGCAGGCUACGGAUCCUUCCCCAGCAGAUUCUCUAAUGUUCACAGAUCUUAUUCUUCUCAAUCUCUUUUCGGUUCCUUCGGUUUCAGUGAAUGUUGGAAGUGGAAGUCAUGGAAUAGUUGGAGCAAUAUGGAGACUAAAUCAAGACAGGAGCAGCAACAGCAGCUGCAGCUACACCAACGGGCGAAAGGGAAGGCAGGCAGAGUGUGGUAUUGGAAGCGAAUGAGGACUCUUAUUGCUAUUGCUACGUUGAUUGCUUGUUUUUGCCUGAUGAAUUGGUUAAUGCUUUCUCAUCUUCAAGACACGGUUAGCGGUCCCAGAGACGGGUUUCUAAAAGGAAAUUCGUCAUCUGUUCGUGGGAAAUUGAGCAAGUUUUCCAAAGGGAAAAAGAUUUACAGAGGUAGAUAUGCUAGGAUGCUGGCUUUGGCUGCCCAUGCUUUAGCAGAGGGACAGAGCAAACCUGAGCCUAAAGAUUUAUGGGUAGAACCCCUGAUCUAUGCUUCUGCUUGGACACCUUGUGCUGAUCAACGCAACUGGGAACCUUCUGAAGGGAACAAUGGAUACAUUAUUGUCAGUGCAAAUGGUGGAAUAAAUCAGCAGCGAGUAGCUGUCUGUAAUGCUGUUGCAGUUGCUCGGUUACUUAAUUCUACUCUUGUCAUUCCAAAAUUCUUGCUCAGUGAUGUUUGGAGAGAUGAGAGCCAAUUCAGCGAUAUCUAUCAGGAAGAGCACUUUAUCAACUACUUGAAGCCUGAUAUUCGGAUUGUAAAGGAACUCCCUAUGCAACUGCAAUCAUUGGAUUUGGAAGCAAUUGGUAGCGUUGUUACCGAUGAAGACAUAAUGAAAGAAUCUAAGCCAAGUUUUUUCUUCAAACACAUUCUUCCAAUCCUACUCAAGAAUAGAGUUGUCCAUUUUGUUGGGUUUGGGAACCGUUUGGCAUUUGAUCCAAUUCCAUUUCAGUUGCAGAGACUCCGAUGCAGAUGUAACUUCCAUGCACUGCGAUUUGUACCCAAAAUCCAGCAAACUGGUGCUUUGCUCAUUCAGAGGAUGCGUCAGUAUAUGCAUCAUCAAGGACCUUUGGAUCAUUACCUGGUUGGUCCAUUUGCAGAGGGAUCAAACAUGAAAAAGAAAGUGUAUUCUCCUGUAACAAACUCCCGAUAUUUAGCUCUACACCUGAGAUUUGAAAUUGACAUGGUAGCUCAUUCUUUAUGUGACUUUGGUGGUGGUGAAAGUGAGAGGAAAGAGCUAGAAGAAUUUCGCAAGAUCCAUUUCCCUGCAUUGGCUCUUCUUGAGAAGAACCACAAGUUACCUUCUGCUGCAGCCCUCCGUUCAGAAGGCCAAUGUCCACUAACACCUGAAGAAGCAGUACUUAUGCUUGCAGCUCUUGGUUUCAGCCGUAAGACACGUAUAUAUCUAGCAGGAGCCCAAAUUUAUGGUGGAAAGUCAAGGUUGGCUGCUUUGACUGGCUUGUAUCCUAAUUUGGUUACAAAAGAAGAUCUGCUUUCAUCAUCUGAAAUUGAACCAUUUAAGAACUUCUCAUCACAGUUAGCAGCACUGGACUUCAUUAGUUGUGCCGCUGCCGACGCAUUUUCCAUGACAGACUCUGGAAGUCAACUAUCAUCAUUAGUUUCAGGCUAUCGGAUAUACUACGGUGGAGGAAGAAUGCCAACGAUAAGGCCAAACAAGCGCCGACUUGCCGACAUAUUCUUGAAGAACAAUACAAUUGAGUGGAAGGUGUUUGAAAAGAGAGUAAGAAAAGCAGUCAGGCAAACCAAGCAGGCUCAUGAAAGGCCUGUUGCGAGGAGCAUUUACAGGCAUCCUAGGUGUCGGCAAUGUAUGUGCAAUACAGAAAUAUAGGCAGGGUUUUGCAAGAAAUUUGGUAUCAUUGUAUCAAUUAAAAUUUUGAAAUUUAUUUUGUUUGAUUAUUAGAUUCUGGCUCCAAUCAGCGAGAGAAUGGGAAUUCCUUAUUCAAUACAGAACCACAGAAGUGAAAGAAAACGAAUAUAAAUUGAUUCUAAAGGGCAAUAAUAUUUCCAUUGUUAUAU